AUGGCAGAUGACCCAGAAGUGAUCACAGUAGAGAAUGGUGUUGUGGCGGCAAGCGAUGGCCGUUGUUCCGAAAUUGGUAGCAAGAUUCUUCAAAAAGGGGGCCACGCAGUUGAUGCAGCGGUUGCCACUACCUUCUGCGUCGGUGUUGUUAGCCCAGGAUCGAGUGGUAUUGGUGGGGGAUCUUUCAUGUUGCUUAGAUCUGCAAAUGGCCAAGCACUGGGCUAUGACAUGCGAGAAACUGCUCCUGGAGCGGCUUCAAGGGAUAUGUAUGAGAAUCAUCCCGCUGCAAAAGUACAUGGUGGACUAUCUGUAGCAGUUCCAGGGGAAUUAUUAAGUCUCUAUGAGGCUUGGAAGGAUCAUGGCAAGGUUCCUUGGAAGGAACUGGUGAAACCUGCAAUUGCUCUAGCAAGAGAUGGAUUUACGGUAUCUGGCUAUCUGCACCAUCAAAUGGAAGCUACAGAGGAAGCAAUACGCAGAGAUAAGGGUUUAAGAGAGAAGUUCAUGAGAAAUGGAAAGCUAUUGAAGGAUGGAGAUAUGUGUCGUGAUGUUGUACUUGCCAAUACAUUGGAAAAAAUUGCAGUUGAUGGGCCAUCGGUGUUUUAUAACGGUUCAGUGGGGCUCGAUUUGCUUACUGAUAUCCAAGAGAAAGGAGGGAUAAUCACCAUGGAAGACUUGAAAGGUUACGCCAUUAAAAAGAGGAGGCCAAUUUCCAGAAAUGUCAUGGAUCACGAAAUCGUUACCAUGCCUCCUCCUGCUUCGGGUGGUUUUGGGGUACUAAUGGUUUUAAAUAUACUUGAUGAAUAUGGAAUUGAUUAUAAAGCUCUUUUGAACCCCCUCGGACUCCACCGAAUGAUUGAAGCAAUCAAGCACAUGUUUGCACAGAGAUGGAGCCUAGGUGACCCAGACUUUGUCGAUCUUAAUCCCAGUGUAGCUAAAAUGCUGUCUCCAGGCUUUGCAAGAAUGUUGAGGAGCAGAAUACAAGAUAACACAACUCAUGAUCCUGACUACUAUUUUUUUUUAAGAGAUCAUGGAUCAUGGCACCUAUGUGUCGUCGAUAGUGAGAGAAAUGCAGUUUCUUUGACUUCUUCUAUUAAUUUCUAUUUUGGAGCAUUGUUUCGGUCUCAGAAAACAGGCAUAAUACUCAACAAUCAGAUGAACGAUUUCUCCGUCCCUUCAAAUACCACUUCAAAUACCACUAUGCCUCCAGCUCCGGCAAACUUCAUCGAGCCAUACAAAAGGCCAUUAUCCUCCAUGACACCCACCAUAUUCGUCAAGGAUGGACAACUUAAGGGUGUGAUUGGUGGCAGUGGAGGACCAAGAAUAAUGACUGCAGUUAUACAGGUUUUUUUGAAUUAUUUUGUUCAUAAGAUGGACCCAUGGGCUUCCGUUUUAGCGCCUCGACUUUACCAUGUGCUCAUACCCAACAUUUUGGAAUACGAAAACUGGGAUACAGUGGAUGGUAAUCACAUUGAAGUGCCCCCGUACAUUAGGUUAGCCUUGGCAAAGAAAGGUCAUGUCCUUACAAAUGUAUCCGAAGGUGCGAAAUGCCAAUUUGUGGUCCACGACAUCCCGCCUUCUUUCGCUGAGGGACAGAAGAUUAUCCUCCCAAAUCACGCUGCCCAAAGUGGCCUCGCAAAGGGACAGACGAUUAUCGUUGCAAAUCUUACUGCCGUUUGUGACCCAAGAAAGGGCGGCUACCCGGCUGGCUACUGA